AUGUCAGAGGUGUCAGACGAGGUUAACAUUACUCCUCUCUCGAAAGACGAUCCCUUGUACAUUGUUCUCAAAAAUGUCGGAGACACUCUUUUCAAUGAGUGCCAACCCCAAACUCGUGGAGGUACUGCAGGGAGUGCAGACGGUCCUGCUUCGGCCUUCUUGUCGGCAAGUACCCGAAUACAGGGUCCACCUUCAAGCAGCGGGCAGCAGUUUGGCAGGGAGAAACGCAAAGCUGAAGACCAACCUGGAUCAGAGCAAGUGAUCGCUAAGAGACAACGUCAAGAAAGAAAGCAUGAAGUUUCGCUGGCUUGCCCCUUCUGGAAGUCGGAUCCCAUCAGUUACCAUGAAUGUUCCAGGCGAAAACUCACAAGAGUUCGCGACGUCAAACAACACCUAAACAGGUGUCACACACCCAAACACUAUUGUCAGCGAUGUCUGAGGCUCUUCACAAACGACAAUGCCCUUCGUGAGCAUGUUUCUGCCGAGGGAGGCUGGACAUGUUCCCGCUCCGACUCAGAUACACUGAAUGGGAUUUCACACGAACAGAGCAGGAGGCUUCAUCAAAGGUCAACCCCUUCAACGUCAGAUGAAUGUCAGUGGUUCGCAAUGUGGGAAAUCAUUUUUCCCGGGAAGCAUAGGCCUCGAUCUGCAUAUAUGGAUCAUGAGAUUUCCGAAGAUCUUGCAGCCUUCCAAGAACAUCUAGAUUCCCGAGCGGGACCGGCCCUUCACGAAGCGUUGGAGUCGCGCGGAUUUAUUCCGGGUCUUACAACAGAGGAAGAAAGACAACUUGUACAAGGAGUCAUUAGUGAUGUACUUUACAGGCUGCGACAAGAUUGGACGUCGAGCCGAUCUGUCAUUCCACAGGCACCACACUCAGCGCCUUCCUUGCCCCAGACUCCAUACAGCAACAUUCACGCCAGCAGUCUCGGGACGCCAGCUGCUGCUUCUUCAGUAGACAGUGCUAUUGUGUUGGGAUCGUACAAUAGCUCAGUCAACCCUGCGACAGCCCAUACAUUCGGUCCAUUGCUGUCAAACUUAUUAGCCUCCAGAGGCGUGCUGAGCCCACCCACGAGCGCACCACCAGCUACGACAGGUACUGGAACACGGGUUGGUAGCAGGUUGGAACUCACCGGCUUGAAUACCACGAGCCUCGGUGAGCUCCCCGUAGACAGUUUCGGUUGGGAUGGAACAGCUGAGAUGUUUGAUGCAAGUUUAAUGGGCGACUUUACCUUUUCAGUACCGCAGGACAACAUGAACUUGGGGGCAGUAGACAUCCCGUCAUGCUUCAGUAUGGGCGUCGGAGCCGAGGAUCAAAUUACGCUCCCUAGGAUGGAAGGAAAUGCAGAGGACAUAUGA